AUGGUGAACACUUCUACGCAAACUCUAUCUAUCUAUCUAUCUAUCUAUCUAUCUAUCUAUCUAUCUAUCUAUCUAAUUCAGUCUCUUCAUAUCUAUCUAUCUAUCUAUCUAUCUAUCUAUCUAUCUAUCUAUCUAUCUAUCUCAGUCUGUUCAUAUCUAUCUAUCUAUCUAUCUAUCUAUCUAAUUCAGUCUCUUCAUAUCUAUCUAUCUAUCUAUCUAAUUCAUCUCUUCAUCUAUCUAUCUAUCUAUCUAUCUAUCUAUCUAUCUAUCUAUCUAUCCAAUUCUGUCUGUCCAUAUCUAUCUAUCUAUCUAUCUCUUUUCAUUAUCUAUCUAUCUAUCUAUCUAUCUAUCUAUCGUAAUAAAUUUUUAUUUAUCAAUCCUAGUAAUAUCUAUCUAUCUAUCUAUCUAUCUAUCUAUAUAUCUAUCAAUCUAUCUAUCAAUCUCUCUAUCUCACUCUGUUCAUAUCUAUCUAGCUAUCGUAAUGAAUUUUUAUUUAUCCAUCCUACAGUUUUUUGUUUUUUUUUUAUCUAA